AUUUACAAUUGGGGCGGAGGGAUUUCUAAGCGGUAAGAGAAGAAAGUCGAAGAACUUGAAAAAUGGCAUCGGUAAAAAGUUCGAAUGUUUCCGUCGAACCUUUCGAUGGACGUGGUGAUUUUACUUUGUGGCAACAACGAGUAAAAAGUGUUCUUACUCGGGAAGGGACAAUCAAAGCUCUGAAGGUAAAGGUUCAGAGGACAGAGAAAAUGACGGAUGCUGAGUGGGCCAAACAUCGGAAGAACGACAAACCGGAAAAAUUGUCGGAAGAAGAGUGGGAGGAUUUGAAGGACAUGGCAACAAGUACAAUAUGCCUAUGCCUUGCAAAUAAUACUCUUCGAGAGGUUCUCGGUUUGACGGACCCGGUAGAUAUUUGGGACAAGCUGGAGAGCCGGUACAAGUCGAAAUCGUUGACAAGUAGGCUAUACUUGAAGAAACGAUUGUUUGGUCUCCAAAUGGCGGAGGAAGCUAACUUUAAUGGAGACUUGGAUGAAUUCAACAAGAUUACAACAGAGUUGGAAUCCAUUGAUGUGAAGAUUGAAGAGGAGGACAAGGUGCUGCUUUUGUUGGCUUCAUUGCCUUCAUCUUUUGACAACAUCGUGACCACGCUUUUGUUUGGAAAAGAGACAUUAAAAUUUGAUGAAGUAGUUGCUGCGUUGUUGAUGAACGAGACUCGGUGGGGUGGCAACGAGAGGUUGACAAGAGGUGGAGUUAGAGACAGAGAGCAGAAAACGAGAGAGAGAGCAGAAAAAUCGAGAGAGAAGGAAGCUGUUCAUUUCUCGGAUUUGUGUGCGCAGCGUUUUUCAGACUGAUGUUUGGAGGGUCAAACGGUGUCCGAUUGUUCUGAAAUUUUAGGAGCAGGUUCGGGACACAUUGAACUUGAUUUCCACCGGUCAGUUUUGGAUUUGGAGGUCUGCAGGCUGAGAUAUUCGAAUCUGAACAGAGGCAGUAUUUUCUGGUUUUUCUGCAUAUUCUCUAGUUGUUUGCUCCUUGUUGUGGCAGUAUAUUUGCAGUAUCUUUAUACUGAUUUCAGCCCUUGUUUGAGACACUCUUGUACCCUAUUUCUGGUCAUAGUGGAGCUUGCUUGGUGGUCUUUGUGACCCGUGGUUUUUACUCUCGAUUUGAGGGGUUUUCCACGUAAAAAUUCUGGUGCAUCCUGUCUUUAUUAUUUGUGCUUAUUUGCUAUUAGCUUGUUGCUGUUUUUGAUCCUCUUACUCUUGCAAGUGGGGAAUUAGUAUUUGGUGUGGUUGUAUUCUCUUCUUAAUUCCCAUCAGAGUGGUAUCAGA